AUGUUCACCAUGCGGGUCUGCGCAGCCCUCUGGGUCUGGGUCUCGAAUGAGCCCGCCGGGGGGUGGUUGUUCAUCCUCGGUCUCCUGGUUUACCUCGCCGUUUCCUCUUGGUCGUUGGGGUACGAGUUUGCUUACAUGCAACUCUGGGGGCUCGCUAAUGGUGGAAAGACUUGGUCGCGACCGGCUGGGCAUACGACCGACGAGAAGGUCAGCGCCGUGGUGAUCUGGGUCGGGCUCGGGCUAGUCCGCACCUGGUUUCUCCUAUGCUGGGCCUUCGCGGUCGCACGGUCAUACGCGCCAAGGUCGAAUUCACGGCUGUGUGGGCGCACAACCGUCCACCAAUCCGACUUCCUCAUCUGGGGUGGGUAUCGUCCUGCUCGCUAUUCGAACGAUGGAAUGCGAUUUCGGUUUUGCAGAGUCGGCUGUCGGGCUCGAGACGAGCCACUCGCAGAUCGGGUCUACCAUUGUUCGUAUUUCGGGACGUUACACGCGAAAGGAAAGAGAAGGCAUGCCAGCGUACACUUGGCUCUGUACGACCACUUCUGUGGGUGGCUUCGCGUAUGUGUUUGGCUGGAAACGGCCAAAUCAUACCUGCUCACCAUCCUCUUCCUCCUUCUGGACGCGAUAAUCGUGGUCAUAAUUUCUUUCAUCGCCAUUUCGAGGACGGGUCGCUCGUCCACCGCGGUUCAUGCUCCGGCGGUGACUAGGGCCGUCGCCGUCGUCAUCUUCCUGGCGGGCAGCAACCUCUGGCUCAAGUUCCGAGAUUUGGCUUUGCGGAAUGUCACGAUUCCGGAGAAGUCCCAACUGCGUCGGGUCAGGGAAGUGCGAGGAGGUUUCUGGUUCGCGCUUUUGCCCGACCGCCCCGAGCACGACCCCGACUUUGCGUUCUACACCGGUAACCCCUGGGAUCUAGGCUGGCGUCGGGAUCUCUCCCAAGCUUUUGCCGCGUAG